AUGAAGUGGUCAGCUCUUCUUCCUCUGGCACUUUCCACCAUAUCCCUGCUCCCUUCUGUUGGAGCAUGGGAAGUGACAUGGCAUGACUCCGACAACAAAAGUCAUAGUCGAGACGGACAUGGUCCUAGCGAGUGCAUUGAAAUCGACAACCCGAAGGGCAAAGUUUUCAAAAUCGACUCCCAGGACGAAAAGGGCAUCAAUAUGCUGCUCUUCGAUAACAGCGAAUGUACCGGAAAAUCGGCGGGCCAAGCAACCGAGAGCUUCUCUAAGGUCGCUUCUCUGGAUCUCCUCGGUUUCAAGGUCGUUAGCCUUUCUUCGUCGAACUCCUCUGAAACCACCACAAAGGACAAGUCUGCCAGUCACACAACGACUACUUCCUCCAAAGUCUCAAAUACACAGGCCCUCUCAACAAGCAGCAGUGAAGGUGACAAGUCGGUAACCGCUCAAACAACAGCUGCAACAACUGGUGCAACGACCUCAGCAUCCGAAACUCCGAGUAAUGCUUCUCCUACGACUUCGAGUGCAGCAAGUGCUACCACCUCCAAUGCGGCAAUGAAGGUUCUUGGUCCAAGCGAUAACGUUGCGAAGGGACUCAUGGGUGGAAUUAUGGGACUUGCGAUGGCUCAAUGGAUUAUUUGA